CCACCGCCCGGAGAGGCCGGCAGCGGCCGCAGAGGGCUAGCGGCGGCGAGCAUGGAGCGCGAGCUGGAGGCGCUCGCAGCCCGGCCCGCGCUCCCGGCAGAGCCUCCCUUCGAAGCGCUGGUGGAGGCGGCGGGCGGGCGCGGGCAGGUGCUGCUGGUGGGCGAGCUGUGGGAGCGCGAGCAGAGCCGCGCGCUGCUGCGGGACUUCGCCCGGGCGGUGUUCCCGCCGGAGCCAGGCGCUCGCAAGCCGGGCGAAGCGGUGGCCGAGGGCGCCGCGCCCGGGACGCCGGGGGCGCGGUGGGUGCCCGGGACGGCCAGGGCGCGCGCCAUCCACUCGCCGCUCGUCUUCGUGCUGUGCCGCGCGUCGUCGCUGGCCGCCAGGGAGCCGCGGCGCCGCCUGCGGGAGAUGCUGCGCGAUGUGCGCGACCGGCGGGUGGCCGGCGCGGCGCUGGUCGGGGUGCUGGUGGCCGAGGCGGGGCCCGAGGACGCGGUGGCGCCGAUGUUGCGGCUCCUGGAGGCGCUGCUGCGCACCGUGUUCGGCCGCCAGGCGGGAGGCCCGGUGCAGGCGGCCGCCUACUGCCCCGGCCACCCCGCCUCCAGCCUGGCCGUCCAGACCGCCGCUAGCCGGGCCCUGCAAGCAGCCGCGCCCGCGCGACCAGCAGAAGGAGCCUGGGAGAGACCCGGCCUCCCGGCGCUGUUGGCCUGCUUCUCCUGGGGUCCCUGGAGCCGGGGGAAGAACCCGUUUGCCACCACCUCCCCCAGUGGUCCAGCUCAGGGUAACUUCCGGGAACCUGAGGAGGAGCUGGCGCUGACAGUCAUACUUCCCAACGGAGACUGUGAGGAUCCUGGAAAGGGGUCGGGAGCCUGUGAUGGAGCUGCCCACACUCCCGCUGAGCCCGCUGGAGACUCCAGAUGAAGUCUGGACCCCUGGGCUGCUGCAGCUCCUCACUGAUGACCUUGGGAGUGCAGUCUCUAUGAAGCCCCACCUUCCAGGGGACUGCCACACUGACAGAUACCAGCCAGGCAGCGGGACUUCCUCAGCUAAGCCCGACCUAGGAAAAUGUGUCCUCUGGGAACUUGGUCCCUCCCCGGCCUCCAUUUGGUCUCUCUGGUCACCGUGAGGUGGUUUUUCCUCCCUCACCUUGGUUUC